AAUACUACAAGCAAAGAAACAGCCGGCUACACUUUACAGCCCCCCCAGUGGAAACUUCUCAACACACGACACUUUUCGCGACAACACCAUCAAUUAACAAGGCAUAAUUGGAAGAGGAAAAAAGAAACUGCCGCAAUUCCACUGGCAAAAUGUCGAAUUUCACGCGCCCCCUCCCUACGCACCUUCGCAACCAGUCCCUGGGUGGCCCGCAACAACAAUCACCGAUCCUGCUCGCGCGCAUCGCGGAAAAGAAAGCCGAGCUGGCCAACCUCAAGGACCUGCAAGCACUAAGUGGAGGACUUGCAGACCAAAUGCAGCUGCUAGCUGACAAGCUGUCGACAUUGUCAGACGGCACAGAGGCGGUUGCAGCCGUGCUAUCGAAUUGGCAUAACGUGUUGAGAGCCAUCAACAUGGCGUCCGCCAAACUGCCUAGGCCCAAGGAGGACGACGAGGACGAAGGAGCAAAGAGGUCGGAAGAUGGGCCGCCCCUACCACAGACGCUUGUUCGCAUUCCCACGCAGCAUGCGCCUACGGUCAUGGAACAAGCCAAUGCAGCAAAUGCCGAAGAGUGAGGCCGCGUACGACAUGUAGACGUGUGUGCUGGCACGCAGAGUCUUUGCGCUAAUUAAAUGAUGCGAAGGAUGGGGGAGAAGGUGUGAUGAGGCAUAAUUGCACGAUUGGCUUCGACCAACGGACUGAGGUGUGAUUCGCGGAACACGGCGAAUGGGGGGGUGGUCGAGCGAAACUUCAAACCGCGCAUAUGCAGUCGAGCCCGACGUCCACUCACGUUGCUUUUGCCGUUGCUAUGCGGCAAGCGGCCUUGGUCACGAGACCUGACAUGUGCAAAAGAGCAUGGACAUGACGAUUGGCAUCAACAUAGGGAAAAGGAACAAGCAGGGAUAAUGAA